CAACAUAUGAGCCUUGGAGGAGGAGAGGAGACAGGGAGCGCGGAGGCGUAGAGUCUGCCGCUCCUUUUCCUUCCUCAUCAUCGCUGUCCGCCCGCUGGUACCCCAGAUCUGUGCCCAUUGUACACGCCCCAAUGUAAUCGCAAGCUUUGUCUUGGUGAAGCCGGGACUAAAAUGCAGCAGGGCAGGAUCUCGUAGGGCUGAUUUCGUCGCACCGUGGGGUGAUUUUGUCGUAAUGGUACUACUGUCUUCUCGUUACGGAAUCACACUCAAAUAGGGCUUUCGGAUUUUUGCAACCCUUGGGAAGGAGAAUUUUGUGGUGUUUUAGAGAAAGAGCUUGUUAAAUAUUAGGGUAUGCUUCGCGAUUCUGAAGUUUGCCGGACUUGCAUGAUAUGUGAUGGAGGCUGUGCGGUAGGGUCGAGAGGCUUUUACUCGUGGUUUUGUGGCGGAGGGUUACGGUAAUUGGAAGACGUCAUUUGAGAAACUAUAAUGCUCGGGAUUUGUAAAGAGGAAUCGGGUUUGAGGUGGAAAGGUUUACUGAGGUAACGAGUUCAUCCUUGAGGAGGUUUAGUAAGGGAUAGUGGUUGUGAAUCGAUCAAGGUUGAAAUGGGCAACUGUUGUGUAGGAUCUUCUACAAAGAAGUCCAGGAAGGAGCGUAGGCCAAACCCAUUUGCACAGGGUGAUUAUCACACUAACCUUCAAAUUUUGAAGAAUCAGCCGAAGGCAAGAAUAUUGGACAAGUAUGUGCUGGGCAGAGAGCUCGGACGCGGGGAGUUUGGUAUCACGUAUCUGUGCACGGAUAAGGAAACGCAGGAGAUUUUUGCAUGCAAGUCUAUAUCCAAGAAGAAGCUCAGAACUGCCGUGGAUGUGGAGGAUGUCCGGCGAGAGGUUGCGAUUAUGAAACACCUGCCUGAGCAUCCUCACGUAGUUACCCUUAAAGGUGCAUAUGAAGAUGACAACGCCGUGCACCUGGUUAUGGAGCUUUGUGAAGGAGGGGAGCUCUUCGAUCGGAUCAUUGCGCGAGGACAUUACACCGAGCGAGGCGCUGCUCAAGUGACCCGCACCAUUGUAGAGGUGGUCCAGGCGUGUCACAGACAGGGGGUGAUGCACAGGGACCUGAAACCUGAGAAUUUCCUGUUUGCGAACAAGAACGAGAACUCGCCCCUGAAGGCCAUCGACUUCGGGCUCUCCGUGUUCUUCAAGCCGGGGGAGAAGUUCUCUGAGAUUGUGGGGAGUCCGUACUACAUGGCACCAGAAGUGCUGAAGAGGAACUACGGGCCGGAGGUGGACGUGUGGAGCGCGGGAGUGAUCCUGUACAUUUUGCUGUGCGGAGUACCUCCUUUCUGGGCGGAGACGGAGCAGGGCGUAGCGCAGGCGAUUCUACGAGGGUUACUGGACUUCAAGAGGGAUCCAUGGCCGAAGGUGUCGGACUCGGCGAAGUCGCUGGUGCGGCAUAUGCUGGAACCGGAUCCGAAAGCUCGGUACAAUGCGCAGCAGGUGCUGGAUCACCCCUGGCUGCAGAAUGCCAAGAAGAACCCGAACGUGCCGCUGGACGCGGUGCGGUCACGGCUGAAGCAGUUUUCGGCGAUGAACAAGCUGAAGAAGAGGGCCCUGCAGGUGAUAGCGGAGCGCCUGGGUGGAGAGGAGAUCGACGGGUUGAAGGAGAUUCUCGAGAAGCUGGACAUCGAUAACAUGGGUGUUAUCACAUUCGAGAAAUUGAAGAUGGGGCUCAUCGAGAUCGGGUCUCAACUGACGGAGCACGAAGUGCGGUUGUUGAUGGAAGCAGCGGACGUGGACGGGAACGGGACCCUGGACUACGGGGAGUUCGUGGCAGCGGCGGUGCAUCUGCAGCGUCUGGACGACGACGAGCACCUGCGAAAGGCAUUCGAUGUUUUCGACGUGAACGAAAGCGGGUUCAUCGAGGUGGAGGAAUUGAGGGAAGCGGUGGGAGAGUCGUUGACGGGGUCACCGAGCGAAUCGGACGUGGUGCAGGGCAUUCUGUCGGAGGUGGACCUGGACAAGGAUGGCCGGAUUAGUUAUGAGGAAUUUGCGACGAUGAUGCGGCGGGGCACGGAUUGGAGGAAAGCUUCACGUCAAUAUUCACGGGAUCGAUUCAACAGUUUGAGCAUGAGGCUACUAAGGGACGGGUCAUUGAAUCCUCCAAGCUACUCCAUGAGGUAGAAUGAGGCAGCUGCUGACAGGACUAAUUGAUUUACUACAAUUCGGUGCAACCUUUUGGGCAUCGAUCGGCUGAUGAGCACCUCGGAAGCUGUUGUUGGGUCCCAGUGAGUCGCUCCAGUGAAAUCAUGGCUAUGGAGGUGUUGCUGUAACAUUCUUCGUAUGAUUGCCACUUGCAAGUCUUUUUUGCAAGAUAAUCAUGAUUAAGGAGGAAGCUUUUCUGUUGUGAGCUUAGAGCUUCUUUGCUGCUGCGUGGUAAAUCAAAUUGUAAUUUUUUUUGAUUGUAGGCUUGCUUAUUGCUCAUGCCAUUCUAGAUUUGAGAUCAUUCAAUAAGAGCAUUUUUUCUAAAUCCUAAUUGUAGCAUAGUAUUGUGUCAAGCCUGAUCUACGUUCUAAGGUGUACAUCCAAGUCUGUUCACUAAACGUCAUAGUCGUCGCUGUACUGAUCAUAAUGAUGGAAGUCUCCAACAACUUAGCAUGAACAGCCAGAGGGAAGAUAGCAAGAGAAGAAAAAUUACGUUACCUUCCGCUCUUAGGAAACCUCUUCAUCAAAUUACAGAAGCAUUUUUUCACUUUACUAGCCGAAUUUAAUAAUGUUAUCAAUACUGAGUUGAGACCAGAUUUAGGAAAAAUCCUCUCCUGUCGUUCUUCCCAGGUCCUUUUACUCUCAGAGUGGAUAGAAGACUUUGUAAAUUAAUCUUUUUAGUGCGUCAUUUACCAGACCCACCGACAACUAGGGUGGCCGGACUCGGAUGUAAAACGAACGAAACCCACCGUCAUUUAUUCCCAA